GCGCUGAGAGCUUCGAACUUCGCGUGCAGGGGGAGCCCAGGCAAAGCUGCCACCCAACCGCACUUCCCAGCAGCGACUGGACUGAGAGGGGGGGGCAGCGCAAGAAGCGGCUCAAAGACCGUUUAAAAAGAAACCUAAAAAAGAACAACAUCCCCCUCCCCACCAACAAGCCAGCCCUCCUCUCCCCUCCCAAGUGGAGAGCAGCUUUGGGCCAGCAGCUGCACCAGCAUCAUGUCUGUGUGGCUCAGCUUCCUCCUCGUGCUCCUCUGCAGCUGGAGCCUGAGCGACUUGGUGGCGGAGGCUUGUACCUGCCUCCCCAUCCACCCCCAGGAUGCUUUCUGCAACUCUGACAUCGUCAUCCGAGCCAAAGUGGUGGGGAAGAAGCUCAUGAAAGAUGGACCUUUUGGAACGAUGCGAUACACCGUCAAGCAGAUGAAGAUGUACAGGGGCUUUGACAAGAUGCCACAAGUUCAAUAUAUCUACACAGAAGCCUCAGAGAGUCUUUGUGGGGUCAAGCUAGAGGUCAAUAAGUACCAGUAUCUGAUUACAGGCCGUGUGUAUGAAGGAAAGGUUUAUACUGGCCUGUGUAAUUUGUAUGAGAAAUGGGACCGACUGACUCUAUCCCAGCGCAAAGGACUAAAUCAUCGUUACCACCUCGGUUGUGGCUGCAAGAUUAAGCCCUGCUACUACCUGCCCUGCUUCGUGACCUCCAAGAACGAGUGUCUUUGGACAGACAUGCUCUCCAAUAUCGGUCAUUCAGGGUCCCAAGCAAAGCACUAUGCCUGCAUCCGACAGAAGGAAGGAUACUGCAGCUGGUACAGAGGAUGGGCGCCUCCUGAUAAAACUAUCAUCAAUGCCACAGAUCCCUGAGCACAGUCCCUUCCCCAUUUCCUUUCCUCCCUCCCUUGUGGCUGAGCUUCUCUUGGACAAUAACUCCUACCAGAUCAUGAUGAUGACAAUGAAAUUAGUGCCUGUUUUUCUUGCAAAUUUUAGCACUUCGAACACUUAAAAAAAAGAAAGUCUAUGCUGUCAUACUGAAUUUGUUUUUAAUCACCUUUUUCGAUUCUGAGAUCACCCAUUUCAGUCAGAUUAUAUUUGUCUGGGAACGUUCGUUUGCACACCGGAAAAAAAAUUAUGGAGCCCUUGCUCUCUCUAUGUAUCAUUAUCUAUAGCAAUAUAAUCUAUAUUUUUUUAGGAAAACAAAAAUAUAAAAACUAUCCCAGUUGGGCACUAUAUCCUUCUUCCUUGCCCUGGCUUCCCCAAACCCUCUUCGCGCACACACUGCACAAAUUAUGCAGAAUGAAGCUAUCUGAAGGGGAAACUGGUUUAAUUAACUAGAUCAGUAAAUAAAGCAAAAAAACCCAAACAAACCCCUAUUCAAAUGGGGAAUUGGAAGUGUGAUUGGCUCCAGAAGUGGGAGAACUCAGUUGGUGUUAAGACACUGCAUUGUCUGCUCAUUCAGUCACAGUGUGAAGGAUAGAGCACACUGGAAGUUCUGGGGUUCCAUAGAACACGAAGAGAGGUUUAUUAUUAUAGUGAGGUUUUUGAAAUAAAACCUGCAUCCUGGGAGGUAAUUCACCUAAGUAAGUACAAUGCAGCAGGUGACAUGCUGAGUUUCUCUCUUUUAAACAGAGUUGCUCUUGAAAUUUUUGCAGUUUAGCUCCCACAGAAAAAUUCCAUUGUGAACAUCUUAAACCAAACAAAUAAAAAUUAUCAACACUAAAAAUAAAUCAGUCAAUCCCACGGCGAGGGGGAAAGGGGAGACUCACUAGGGUUUAUUGCUAUAAGAAAUCUAUUGCCAAAAUAGUGUUUAGCUGAAGUAAGAUGUAUAUACACGUAAUGACAUAAGCUAUUUUUGACAGGACGUGGAAUUAUUUGGUGUUAUAAACAAUGAAUGCUUUGAUUGUGUUUUAAAACAGAAAUCUUGACAUUCCGAGUCAGUGAUUUAUUUUUGGUAAAAGAUAUU